GUAGGAUUUUUGUCGGUGGUUUAUCGCCGGAGGUGACAGAAAGAGACCUUGAACGAGCUUUUACCCGCUUCGGAGACAUUCUCGAUUGUCAGAGUGAUGAAUUAGGGAUUGAUAUUGAUCAGAGCUACAUGGUUCAAGUUGAGAAAGAAUUUUAGGAAAUACAGUAAUGAUUGGAAUUGUUUUGGGAUUCACAGUUUUGGGAUUUGUUUCACGAGGUUUCUUCAGUUUCUAGAUGAAAGUUCUUUAUUUUGAUCUGGGAGGGAAGACUGUUUUUUUUGUUACUCAAUGAUUGAGCUGUGUGAUUCUUGACUUCUCUAAGUAUGCCGACACUGGGGUUUUGGUUUCCUUCCUGAAAAUGUUCCUUGUUACCGCUCUUACAUUCUGUGUGAAGAUCCUGAAAUAGGCUACUUUAGGAAGAAGGGCUAGUAAUUCAAUGGUUUUUAGCUGGGCUGGGAUGCCUGAUUUGGUUUUGAGUGGUCAAUUUGAGAUGCUACCCAGUUUAGGCCACGUUCACCGUUCUCCUUCAGGUGGUGAAGAUUUUUAGUAGCCCCUUGCAGUUUACUCACUGGCUAAACGCACUCUUUAUGCUUCAGUAAUAACGUUUGUGUAGUCAUAGUUCUGGAUACGCCCAGUCCACAUUCAGCUGUCUUUCUGCAAGAUUUCGUUUCGUCCGGAUACCCUCAACGUCAAUGCAAGCAGUUUAAGUACUUGAGGAUAGUAUGACCUGCCCAAUGGAAAAUUACACUCAGUUGAAGCAGAGAUGUCAAGGUUUCUUUGAUCAUUUGGGACUACCUCUCCUUUUCUUAUCCCAGAUUUCUUACUUGUCUUUCUUGUCGGCUGUAUGCUUUACCAUCACCUCGCUUCACAUGCCGUGUGUGGUUAGUAGGAGUUACAUGGAUUUGAUAUUUUCCUUUCUUUGUGUUUCUUCUCUAGCCUAACACAUGUCCUAAUUCACAAAUUUAAGCCAAUUAAAAUGAUUCUUGUGCCUGGACCACACAUUUUCUAGAUCCACCAACCCCAAUUCUCUGCGCUUAUCUUUUCUGGAAGCUUCUGAAACGUGAUAAAGUUUUUUGUGUGAGAUGGAAUUCUGCAUUUCUGAUCUUGUUGGCCGUGGUGCUAUGUAAAGAGUUGUCACCUCCGGUAGAUCUGAAUGACUUUUGCUGGAUCAAGGCCAGAUGAUUUCUGCGUAUUGAGAAGAAACAGAUGUUUGAUCAGGAAACGAGUACAGCCAGAGCCAAUUCACUGACUUGCUUCUGUCUGUAAACCUUCCUCUCUUUAAUUUGUAACUAUAUCACCUAGCUGCUGAGAAUAGGGAUUAACUAGUAUACUGUUUAAGGACAUUAGUAGAGGAAGUUGUCUUUGUUGAACUGAGAAAAAACUGUUAGUGGUGUCUGCUACCUCUGCUUGAGAUUGUAGACUUGCUUUAAAGCUGCUUCAGUUUCUGGGGAUCUGUAUUGUGAUUUGCUCUGAAGUUGAGGUUGAUUGACUAUUUACUACACAAAGCAGGGUCACAGUGUAUGCAGUGAACCUUAAAACGGAUGAGUGUUUUCUUGAUGUCACAUGGACUUGAUAUGCUCUUUCAGAUUUUGCAAUCGUUUCAGUUUUAGCUACACGUAUGAAUAUAUCUUUGGGAAAUCAGCUUUUAUGGUGUGUUGUGUAUAGAUCAUGCUGGAAAGAGAUACUGGUCGUUCACGAGGAUUCGGGUUUAUCACUUUUGCUGAUCGUCGUGCUAUGGAUGAGUCCAUCAGAGAGAUGCAUGGAAGGGACUUUGGUGAUCGGGUUAUCUCAGUGAACAGAGCUGAACCAAAAGUGGGGAGAGAUGAUGGAGAAAGUCAUGGCUCAAGAGGUGGCAGAGACAGUGGCUAUUCAUUUGCUGGAAAAGGAAGCUUUGGUGGAAAUGCAGGUGGAGGUGGAGGUGGCCGUGUUGCGGAAGAUGAAUGCUUCAAAUGUGGACGGGUUGGGCAUUGGGCUCGUGAUUGUCCGUCUGCUUCUGGUGGUCGUGGUGGACCUGUUGGUGGUUAUUCUUCUCGUGCUCCUGCCUUUGGAGGAUCUGAUGGGCGUGUUGACCGUUAUGCUGACCGUGACCGCUAUGUGGACCGUGAACGCUAUAUAGAUGAUCGAUAUGAUGGUGCUGCACGCUUUGGUGCUAGAGACAGGUUUGACAGCAGAGAAGCCUACAUACCCCGUGAUCGAUACGGCAGUGACAGGUAUGGAGCCCCGGCUGAUAGGUUUGCAGGGGGUGAUAGAUACAGCCGCGGGUCAGAACGUUAUCCUCCAGCGAGCUAUGACAAAGCCCGGUCCUUUGAGAGAGACAUAGUCCCGAGUGCAGGCGGUGACAGGUACAGUGGUGGUAGAGCCGGUGGGCCCAUACGUGGAGGAGAUGAGGGAAGAGGGUUUAGAAGCAGAGCCGGUGCUCCUUAUGAGAGGCCGAGCCGAAGUGGUGGUGGUGGUGGAGGAGCUUAUCCGUCGUCCUCUACAUUUGACCGUUACUAAGCCAUGAAUAAAGAGUGAUAUUUGAUGCUUUGUUAGGGUUUAUAUACAUUCAGUCGUCUGUUCGUGUGUGUGUAAUGAAUGAACGUCUCUGUAAGCGUUCUAGGUGUAAAAACUUUUUUCAUAUAUUACUAUUAGUCUGAAGAACUGUUUAGCUUUGUAUUUUGGUUUGUUUUGGAAAAAACAUUACAUGACUUUGAGCUUGAGUUUUUUAUGUUA